AUGGGGAGACAGCUGUCAUCAUUAGGUCUUGAUCCAUCAAAAGCAAUGAAAAGGGUGAGAAGUGAGUCAAGGUGUAGAAAGAGGGAGAGGUUAAGUGAUCAUGGUGAUGGAAUGGAUGUGGAUGAUGAUGAAGGGUCGAAUAAGAAGAUGAAGAUUAGGUCAAAGUUAAGGUCAAUUUUGAGGGCAAGGUCAAUGUCAAGGCCACCUGUGCAUGAAAUGGUUCCAGGUGAAGGGUAUAAGGCUUCAGCUCAAAAGGUGAAGGAGUUAAAAAAUGGGAAAGAGUUCAGUUCACCAGAGGAAUAA